UCGCACUGUGGGUGGCGGAGCAGGCGUGAUGGACACAGUGCGAGUGUAAGAGAUGACAACAGCCACACGACAAGAAGUUCUCAGUCUGUACCGCAGGAUUUUCAGGCUUGCAAGGAGGUGGCAUGCGGCAUCAGGGCAGAUGGAGGACACUAUCAGAGAAAAGCAGUACAUUAUAAAUGAAGCCAGAUCGUUGUUCCAGAAAAACAAAAAUCUUACAGAUUCAGAACUAAUUAAACAAUGUAUAGAUGAAUGCACAGCAAGAAUUGAAAUCGGAUUGCAUUAUCAGAUCCCAUAUCCAAGGCCAACUCACCUGCCUCCAAUGGCCCUCACUCCCCUACAGAGUCAUGGGCUUCAAACCCAGGAGAAGCUAAGGAAACUUUCCAAACCAUUAUAUCUCAAGUCUCACAGUGAAGUUUCUUAAUCCAGGCAAUAGGUUUCUGUGUAUAAACUGUGAGCCAGGCAGAGCCUGAGUGCAAACUGGGUAAUGAAUCUUUUCUCCUUGCCUUAAGUCCAGUCAGAGAAAAGAAAGACAAAGAAUAUAGAGUGUUUGCUGUAAUUUCUCUUAAACACUCAGAUAUUUGGGUCCUUAAUUUCAAUAACACUCAUUGAAUGUCCUUGAAUUUAUCAGUAUCAGUGUGUUCUACUAGAUAGGAAUAUGCUAACUCCUAAAGAUUAUUCCUGAUCAUGAUCUUAGUAACAUCUUAGAUGAAAGUCUGAACAUAGCAAGAAUUGGGUUUAAAUUUAAAUUUUAAAAAUUAUAAUUGUGGAAAUAAUGUAGCUGUAUACAUAGAGAAAGCUGCACAAUAGAGUCAUGGCAGUACCUCUUAGCAGCUUUCUUGGAAGUUCUUAAAAUUAC